AUGUUUGGUCUUCUCAUCUCUGGCCGUCCAAUCGAUGCGCAACCACAGGCCAUUUCUCCAACGCAAUAUGCGUUCCAGGUGCCUUCGCGACCAGCCUUCAAUCAUAUCGCCGUCUUUUCCCUGCCUGGCAACGAACUGCCGCCAGAUGCCGCUGCUGCCAUCUUUAUUCAGAUUCCACCAUCGACCGAGUUCAAGCUGGUUGGCGCUCUGUCGUCGCUGAGGCCUUCGACCAUGUUCAAGAUCAACACUGCCAACAAUGUUGCGCCUAGUGUUGGAGAUGACCAGCUCAUGUUGGAUGACGCGCCAGAGGGCGCGGAAAUAGGAGGACCUGCCAUUGUCGUUGGCAUCGAGAUACAGCCUGCUGCACAAGUCAAGGCCUUGCUGGCAGAGCAAAAGGCAAGCUCGUCGAAUCAGUUGGUGCCGUCCAACCAUUCAGCCACUGCCUCGCCAGUCACAACGAAAAUACUUGCCCAGCGCAUUAUUGCCAACGCUUUCAAUUUCCUUGCGUCAUUUGGUAGCGACACUGUCCCGCUCAAAGCCUUUGAAGCCUGGUGGGCUAAAUUUGAAAGCAAGGUCAACAACGACCCCAGUUUCUUGGAGCGUCCACAAGACUGA